AUGCCUCGGAUAAUACACAAAUCUCCGAGACGCGCAAACCGAAGACCUACCGAAAACCCUUUAGGCGAAGAGCUGAAUUCCUCCUCGUAUGAAGAGCCUGAUACAGAUUUGAAUGAAACGCGGAACUCCAACUUGAACACAACAAAAAACAAUGCUGCACACCAAUUUCGCAAUCGAUCGUCUUACAGUGUAGCGGACAUGGAACUGACUAGAGGAGCGGACAGAAGUUUACGUUCUAGUUACAGAUUGAAUCAAUCGCGUGAAUUGCCACGAGGAGCUGGUGUUCGCAAACAGACGAAUCCGCGUCGAUUUAAGCCAGGCACAAAGGUGUUAAGGGAGAUUCGCAAGUAUCAAAGUACCACGAAGCUACUCAUUCCGAAACUGCCGUUUUCGCGACUUGUUCGUGAAGUAUUACACGAAUAUGCACCAGCCGAUACACGAAUUACACCACAAGCGUUACUUGCUUUGCAGGAAUCGAGCGAAAUUUAUCUCACUCAAUUUUUUGAAGACUCAUUACGGCUGGCUAUUCAUGCAAAACGUGUAACUGUAAUGCCACGAGACAUGGAUCUCGUGAAAUUUCUAAGAGGCCAAUGGAAUUAUCUAAAAUAG